GUCCGCCAGUUCGUGAACUGAGCUGGGCGUUGGUAGUGAUGGUGUUCCAAACCUGAUUAAUCUAAAGAUCGAAAACUUAAAGUAAUUUUCUUUUUAGUUCAAUCGACAGUUAACAACAAUGACACUGCUGGGAAUCGGUUCUUUAUUUUACUUGGUGGCUGCCUAUUUAGCUUUUCCUACGGGCAAUUCUACAAUUGAACAAUCGAUACGGUCUUCAACUGUUCAAUUAACAAGUCGUUCAAGUCGUUCGUAUUAUCCUUACCGUUAUACUGGACGUUAUUCGCUGCCGGACGUGUGGUCAAUUCACGAACAUCGACGAUACUUUGCGGACGAUUACUUUGCACCUAGGACUCGUUUUGAAUUUUGGAAUCCAUCGUUGAGUCCUCCGAUAAAUUACGGUCGUAGGCGUACAAGACCCCCUCAUGGUCAUCGAGGCCCUUCGCGACGGGUCGAUGAUGAAUGGUCGAGGAUCUUACGGUCCAUGGCCAAAAUGGGCCUGGUCUCUCUAGAGAAGAGCAAGAUUGGUUCGAACGUCUAUUACGCCAACGAUGAUGAUUCAUUAGAAACGGAUGACGAGCCGUUUCAUUACGGAGGCCAAGCCCAACCAAGAAGACCGAACCGAUAUGAAAAGAACCAAACGAAUAGUAAAAAACACAAUCGCAAACCAUCGCAAAACGUUAAAAAAGACGAGGACGAUGAUGAUUACAUUAAAAAGAGACCAGGCACCGGUUUGGGAAUACCUUGGAUGUUCAAUUUAAUAGGGCCGCCAGGCCCUCCAGGGAAAGAUGGCCGAGAUGGGUUACCUGGACCAAUAGGACCAAUCGGUAUGCAAGGACCACAAGGUGUUCAAGGUGUUCACGGAAGUACUGGGCUUCAGGGUGUCCAAGGCCCGCCAGGUGUGCAAGGAUCACAAGGCCCACCAGGUGUCCCAGGGAUCCAAGGACGAGAUGGAGCUGAUGGCAAAGAUGGCCGGGAUGGAGUGGAAGGAAAAGACGGCAAAGACGGCCAGGAUGGAGCACCUGGUCUGACAGGAUUGGCUGGAACGAAUGGUCAAGAUGGCAAGGAUGGAAGGGAUGGCCAAGAUGGCGCUCCAGGUCCACCAGGUGUGCCAGGUGAAAACGGGAAAGACGGGCAAGACGGAAAGGAUGGCCAGAACGGAAAAGAUGGACAGGAUGGAGCUCCAGGCCCUCCAGGACCACCUGGACAAGACGGGAAAGAUGGAACGGAUGGUACCGGUGGGCAAUUCGGACAGGACGGUACCGAUGGCCAAGAAGGACAGGACGGCCAAGACGGAGCUCAAGGUCCAGUUGGUCCUGCUGGAACUCCUGGCAAAGACGGAACUGACGGAAAAGUUGGAGAUCCGGGUUUGCACGGACUUCAUGGAACGGCUGGCGAGGCUGGAGAUCCUGGAUUGCCAGGACUUCCAGGUGAAGCAGGUGAACACGGUACUCCAGGUGCGGUGGGACCAGCAGGUACACCUGGCACAGGUGGUACCCCUGGAACUGGAGGUACCCCUGGAAGCCCAGGAUCACCAGGAUCAUCAGGAUCUCCCGGAUCUCCAGGAUUGCCUGGUGUGAAUGGCAUACCAGGAGAGGCUGGUGAGGCAGGUCAGAAUGGAAUACCUGGAAGUCCAGGAGUGCCUGGAGUACCCGGAGUUGGUUGAGAACAAUCCGAGUUGCACUUAUAUCUUUUUCCCUACACCUACACCGCAUACAGAA